AUGGCUCAGACCUAUAUCAAGAACGUGGCCAUUGUUGGCGCUGGCGGGAAUGUUGGCAAACACUUCACAGAAGAACUUCUCAAGACUGGCAAGCACACCGUUACGGCCCUCACACGCGUUGGCGGCACCAGCCCGGUCCCCGAGGGUGUCAAACGUGUCGAGGUAGACUAUGACAAUAGCGACUCCCUUGUCUCAGCCCUCAAGGGCCAGGAGUUCCUCAUCAUCACACUAUCUAUUACCACACCCCCAGACACACACGGCAAGAUCGUCAAGGCAGCCUCCGAGGCCGGAGUACCGUAUAUCAUGCCCAAUGUCUACGGGUCUGAUAUCAUGAACGAGUCCAUGCGUAAAGAAGAUCUCUAUAGCGGUGGUGCUUAUGAGCGCUGCUUGGAGGUUGAGAAACAGGGUAACACGGCUUAUAUCGCCAUGGCAUGCGGGUUCUGGUAUGAAUGGAGUUUGGCGAUUGGGGAGCAGUGGUUUGGAUUCGAUAUUAAGAACAGGACGGUUACAUUUAUCGAUGAUGGAAAUACGAAAAUCACGACGAGUACUUUCGGUCAAUGUGGACGAGCUAUUGCUGCUUUGCUGAGUCUGCCUGAGAGUGGUGCAGAGCCUUCUGUGUCACAGUGGAAGAACAAGCCAUUUCUCCACCGCGUCAUUGGCACCACUGAUGCUGACUGGACUAUUUCCUACCAACCCAGCAAGGAGAGAUACAGCGAGGGCCUGGAGGAGAUGAAGAACGGUGUUAGGACUGGGUUUGUCAAAGCCAUGUAUACUCGUGCUUUCUUCCCUGGCGGAGGGGGUGACUUUGAGUCAACUAGGGGACUUGCUAAUGAUGUUAUUGGUUUGGCGAAAGAUGAUUUGGAUCUGGCGACAAAGCGUUCGGUUGACCUGGUUGAGGCGGGCUGGAAUCCUUUUGCUUGAGUUGAUAUGAUCUUAUUCAAUAUGUUUACUUUGUGGAAUGAUCGCAUAGUAUAGUCUCCGUUUAUAAUAUUUCAUUUCUCUUAUUCUAUAAUAAAUCAUCUUAUCCAUAUAGACUACCUCCGACAAUAUGAA